CCUAGGUGGUCUGGUGGUCAUGGGUGUCCAUUGGGGGCCUCCUUGGAAAUAAAAUAUGAACUUGUAGUCAGAGUAGCUUAUAUGGUCGAAGAAGAAAACAAAACUUUAUAUUUUGCAUUAUUUAUAUACAUACUACAUAGGGAUAUGUAAUUAAUCCGUGAUCAUGGACUGCGCCGAUCGUGGCUGGUAUAAGUCAUGAUAUCAACUUCCUUAUCAUUUUUCGGAAAACUGCUCCUUCUCCUGUCCCUGUGGUUCUUCCCUUGAUAAAAAUUAUAGCUGAUAAGAUAAAGAUAUUCAUCACCUGCAUCUCGAAACGGUUAUACGCAAAUUGAGAAUAGGAAAUAGAAAUUAAGAGAUUCAAGAAUCAAAAUUAUGUAGCAGAAUUAAGACUGUGAAUCGUGAUAACAUAAUCUGCGUUAUAUUUAUGUGCAUUUAAAUUUAAAGAUGUGAUAUUUCCAUACAUUCAAAUGCAAUAUGUAUUUUUCUUAUAAUUUACCAAUUUCAACAAUUUAUCUCAAUUCCCUUGGUUAUUAAAUCUUAUGUGAUAUUUCAAUACUUGCAAAAUGCCACAUAUUCGUAAAUGUUCAAUUGACGGAUGUGAAAGUUGUGAAAAUCAUAAAAAUGUUACACUAUUCAAAGUGUAUGAUAAUAAUAAAGUAGCUUGGGAAUCAGCAGUACCUUCUCCAAACAAGCGGAUUUUAAGGUAUAUUUGUUCUAAACACUUUUUACCCGAGGACCUUAUAACUCAAUAUUCAUCAAUACCAUCUGAUGUUGUUAUGCCUGAGGGGUUUAAUAAUUCAAGAGCAAAAUAUAGAUUGAAAAAAGGAGCUAUACCAUCUAUCUUUGAUAUAAGAAAUAUCUCCCGGCCUUUACCAACAGCUGAAACAAUAAAAAAAGAAUUUUUUCCAGCAGAAACUUCCACCAUAACCUUAAAACAAAGCAUUGAUUCGGUUAGUGCUACAGUAAGAGAUAUACCUGGCAAACAAAUUAGUUUAGUGGAUGUACAAAAACAAGUAUUUGUCAAUGAACCACUUGACUCAUUAAUUUUACCACAUGGAUGGUCCACUUAUAACAAUGAUAAAACUGUAGUCUUUCAUAACUUAGUAUAUAAAAAUAAUAAACUUGUCAUUGAAAAACAAAUAGUUGUGACUGAUGAAAAAAGUAUACAUUGUUAUGUAAAUAAUGAAAUAAUAGAGCCUGCAAGUGUAGGAUUGAUUCAGCUAUCUAACCCUUUGAAUCUUAAAAAUUUAUCUGAAGUAAUUCAUUCAUUUAAUUACAAACAAGUUUGUCAAGGUGGACCUAUGGCUUCGGAGUUUCCAGCUGAACUUAAUUAUGGAUUGUGGCGUCAUAAGAAGUGCACUGCAUUAGUCUCAUCAAAUAAAAAAAAAAGAUGCCUGAAAUGCAACUAUUUAUUUGUGAUGUUUAGAAGGUACGAGAAAAAAUUAUUGUUGAAAACUUCAAAAUGAAGAUUCCAUAUAAUAUACCAUGUAACAUUGAAAUAGUUAUUUUUGGAUCUUAUUAUUUUAUGGUGAGGAUAUUGUGUCAAUAGUCAAUACACAAAAGUUUUAAAUACCUAAUGAUAAAAAAAAACUUGUUAAUACAUCAUUUAAUGUAACCUGUUUACAUAUUUAAAAAAAUUAAUAAGUAAUAAUUAAUAAUUGUUUACAGUGA